CUGUCCCCAUGUCACAUGGCGCUGUCCCUGUGUCACAUGGCGCUGUCCCUGUGUCACAUGGCGCUGUCCCCAUGGGGCAGUGGCUGUCCCUAUGUCACAUGGCACUGUCCCCGUGUCACACGGCGCUGUCCCCAGGUGUUCCCCACGCUGCUGGGUGACAUGGACAGCGCUGGCAGCCUCAACGCUCAGGCCCUGCAGCUGCUGGCCCAGCGCCUCCGCGCCAAAGCCGUCUUCCAGACGCACCAGGCCAGGUUUGUGACGUGGCAGUUUGACGCCGAGUACCGCGGUGACGACUGCACGGCCACGCUGACCCUGGGCAACCCCGACCUGCUGGCCGGCUCCGUGAUCCUGGUGGCGCAUUUCCUGCAGAGCGUCACCGCCCGCCUGGUGCUGGGCGGAGAGCUCGUCUACCACCGGCGCCCCGGCGAGGAGGGGGCCAUCCUGACGCUGGCAGGGAAAUACUCGGCCCCCAACUGGGUGACGACGCUCAACGUGGGCUACGGGGGGGCUCACGCCAGCUACUACCACCGGGCCAACGAGCAGGUGCAGGUGGGGGUGGAGCUGGAGGCCAACACGCGGCUGCAGGAGACCACCUUCGCCUUUGGCUACCAGCUCAACCUGCCGCGAGCCAACGCCGUCUUCAGAGGGCUCCUGGACAGUAACUGGAGCGUUGGGGGGGUCCUGGAGAAGAAGUUGCCCCCCCUGCCCGUGACGCUGGCCCUGGGCGCCUUCCUCAACCACUGGAGGAACCGGUUCCACUGCGGCUUCAGCGUCACCGUGGGCUGAGGGGACAGCGGGGACAGCGGGGACAGCAGGGACAGCGGGGACAGCGGGGACAGAGGGACAGCAGGGGACAGCGGGGACAGCGGGGGACAGCGGGGACAGCGGGGAUGUGGCACCGUCCUGCUCAGGGAGCCACCGGGCCGGGCCCUGCAGGUGCCACAGCGGGGACACGGCGGGCAGGGGACAGCAAGGGACAGCGCUGAGGGGACAGGGGGGACCGCGGGGGGAUGGGGGUCCCCAGUGUCACUGGUGGGGAUGGGGGUCCCCAGUGUCACCAGUGGGGCUGGGGGUCCCCAGUGUCACCAGUGGGGCUGGGGGUCCCCAGUGUCACCAGUGCCAGCUGCUGGGGGUCCCCAGUGUCACCGGUGCCAGCUGCUGGGGGUCCCCAUUGUCCCCAAUGCCACCCCAUGGAGGGGGCUGAUGCCAUGGGGCUGGGGGUCCCCAUUGUCCCCAGUGGGGCUGGGGGUCCCCAUUGUCCCCAGUGGGGCUGGGGGUCCUCGUUGUCACCAGUGGGGCUGGGGGUCCCCAGUGUCACCAGUGGGGCUGGGGGUCCCCAUUGUCACCAGUGGGGCUGGGGGUCCCCAGUGUCACCGGUGUCACCCCAUGGAGGUGGCUGCUGCCAUGGGGCUGGGGGUCCCCAGUGUCACUGGUGCCAGCUGCUGGGGGUCCCCAGUGUCCCCAGUGCCAGCUGCUGGGGGUCCCCAGAGUCCCCAGUGCCACCCCCCGGGGUGAUUGUCCCCAGCACCACAGCAGCCGUGCCUCAGUUUCCCCGCAGCCACACACACCGGAGAGAGCCCGGAUAAAUAAAGGAGCUUUACUCUGUGCCCGGUGGGGGGCCUGGAUGUGA